AUGAUCAUGAUAUUUCCCUUAAGCUUGAAGCUGAGAAAUAAAACUUCUGCCCUGAAUCUGGAGCUCCUCUCAAGAGCUGAGAAGCUGGAACUUACGCCAAUUGAGAGGGAUUUGAGCACUCAAGCUACUGAAACAGCUAGUAAGCAGCAUCUGGCAAGCAUAAAGAACGUGACUAAGCUUGAAACUGAAUGCCGCUAUCUAAAAGCAAUGGCUCACAAAGUGUCACCUGCUAAUGAUCACAGAUUUAUGGUUGCAUCCUCCGUUCAUCUUGAAUAUUUUACAGAUAACCUAGCAGAUAGUAUGGAGGGGCUACUGGCCUUUGGGCAUCUGCUUUAA